AUGGAGGAAAACCACACAAUGGUCACAGAGUUUGUCCUGCUUGGAUUCUGCCUUGGCCCAAAGAUUCACCGAAUUCUUUUUGCAUCUUUCUCACUCUUCUAUGCCUUCACCCUGCUGGGGAAUGGGGCCAUCCUUGGGAUAAUCUGUCAAAACUCCAGACUCCACACUCCCAUGUACUUCUUCCUGUCCCACCUUGCCAUCGUUGACAUUGCCUAUGCCUGCAACACCGUGCCCCAGAUGCUGGUGAACCUUCUAGAUCCAGCCAAACCCAUCUCCUUUGCUGGCUGCAUGACACAGACCUUUCUCUUUUUGGCUUUUGCACACACAGAAUGUCUCCUCCUCUUGGUGAUGUCCUAUGAUCGGUUUGUGGCCAUCUGUCACCCGCUCCGAUAUUCUUCCAUCAUGGGCUGGAGAGACUGUGCUGGUCUGGUUAUCACAUCCUGGGCUUGUGGCUCACUCCUUGGUAUGGUUCAUAUGAGCCUCAUCCUGAGGCUGCCCUUCUGUGGGCCCCAUGAAAUCAAUCACUUCUUCUGUGAAAUCCUGUCUGUCCUCAAGCUGGCCUGUGCUGACACAACACUCAACAAAGUUGUCAUCUUUGCAGCUUCUGUGUUCAUCUUAGUGGGCCCCCUGUGUUUUGUACUGGUCUCCUACACACGCAUCCUAGUGUCUGUUCUGAGGAUGCAGUCAGCAGAGGGCCGAAGAAAGGCCUUCUCCACUUGCUCUUCCCACCUCUGUGUGGUUGGGCUCUUCUUUGGCAGCGCCAUUGUCAUGUACAUGGCCCCCAAGUCUCAGCACCCCGAGGAGCAGCAGAAGAUCCUUUUCCUGUUUUACAGUUUUUUCAACCCAAUGCUGAACCCCUUGAUCUACAGCCUGAGGAAUGCUGAGGUCAAGGGUGCCCUGAGAAGGGUUCUGUGCAAAGAAACUCAUUCCCAGUUGGUGUGA